AUGGUGGUCUUAUCUAAACCUGCAAUGGAACAGUAUGGCUUAGUCAAGAACAAUUCUUGUAAAACUAACACAUUCUUCCCUGGUAUUCCAUUGAUAGACCUCUCUAAGCCUGAUGCCAAGCAUCUUCUGGUAAAGGCUUGCCAGGAAUUCGGAUUCUUUAAGGUCAUCAACCAUGGAAUUCCGACUGAAUUCAUUUCCAGGCUUGAGUCUGAAGCUGUCAAGUUCUUCUCGUUGCCUUUAUCUGAGAAGGAAAAAGCCGGCCCUGCCAACCCUUUUGGCUAUGGUAACAAGAAAAUUGGACCCAAUGGUGACGUGGGUUGGGUGGAAUACAUCCUUUUAGAUCCUCAAUUCAAUUUCCAAAAGUUUGAGACCGUUUUUGGUGUAACCCCUGAAAAGAUUCAAGCUGCUGUACAUGAUUAUGUAGCAUCAGUGAAGAAAAUGGCUUGUGACAUUCUUGAAAAGUUGGCAGAGGGACUUAACAUUCAACCCAAAAAUGUGUUCAGCAAGCUAUUGAUGCAUGAACAGAGUGACUCUGUUUUCAGAGUGAAUCACUAUCCGCCGUACCCGGAUUUGCAUGGCCGGAAUCUGAUUGGGUUUGGAGAGCACACCGACCCUCAAAUCAUCUCUGUAUUGAGAUCUAACAACACAUCCGGCCUUCAAAUUGCAUUGAAAGACGGGAGUUGGUUGCCAGUUCCGCCUGAUCAAAAUUCAUUCUUUGUCAAUGUUGGCGACUCAAUGCAGGUUUUGACAAAUGGAAGGUUCAAAAGUGUAAGGCACAGGGUAUUGGCAAACAGUUUGAAAUCAAGGGUUUCAAUGAUUUAUUUUGGAGGACCACCCUUGAGUCAGAAGAUAGCUCCAUUGCCAUCGCUGCUCAUGAAUGGUGAAGAAGACAGCUUGUACAGAGAGUUUACAUGGUUUGAGUACAAAAUGUCUGCUUACAAGUCAAGACUUGCUGAUAAUAGACUUGGCCUCUUUGAGAAAGUUGCUGCCUCAUAA